AGCGCCAGUGUUGGUCAAGACUCGGUGGAGGGAGCGUCACCGUCCCUCCGCUUCCUACGCAAGCUCUUCUCCCUUUUUUUACGCGCUUGUAAACAGUCUCUGAGAAGGUUAUGUUUGGUAAAAGUGGAUUGUGAUGCUUCAUAUGUGUGAGAUAGUGUCCGUAUUACCCAGUGUAAAGAGUGUCAUGCGCCAGUGUUGUGAUUACGGUUUUAAUAAAAAAUUGAUAUCUUAGGAUAUAUCUGGGUGUCAUUGAUGAUAACAUCAAAGGACUCGUGAUCCUGUGGACACCAGCGGGAGGUUAAGGAGGGAAGGAAUGGAGUGAGAGUGAAGGGAAGGAGCAUCCGGACCUCCGUGUGAGGAUGAGUGAACAGAGGACAGUGGGCAAGGAGCCUGAGCGGGUGGAGGUGGCCACCGCGAUGAUGCUCAUGCAGACUGAGCAGUGGUGAAGUAGAGCCUCUGAACGGGGCCCCUCCCACUUGACAGCCCUCUACGACGCACGCCCUAUUAUCCACGCCCACCAGUCAUAUCUGUAGCGCUAAAUAGUAUUCACGAUAUUUCGUCCAUCUUGGCGCAGUGAGAAGCGAGACACAUCACUUAGUGUGUAACACUGAACAAGUUGGCCAUGUAAACAACGCCCUGAAACGUUUGUCAAGUGCGUGAUGUUAACAGUAACUGGCAACUUGGCUGUGUGAUCCGUUCGCUCUACCCAGUUAUUGUUUAUAGAUGAGAACUCGUUAUAUAAAAAAAACGUUUCCACGCAACUUCGUUGAUUUCUUUAUCUUAAACUUAAAAACAACUGCCUUGAUUUAGUGUGAAUAUGGCUGUUAAAUAGGAGGGUUUCAACGUCAGAAUGAAGCCGCUUGAGCGCGAGGCAGACUCGAGGCUCGCCAAGAGGCAGUAAUCCCGGGAAUAGUGAACUAUAGCUGCUUGAACCAGUUACCGGCAGGUCAACACUGACCAUCAACACUGUUGGCGCGCGUCACUUGCACCGGUUUAUCUUAUCGAUGAGUGUGAAUAUUGGGUGACGUCACACCAGUCACGUGCUUGGAGACGUCGUUCCACGCCUUCCAUGCAGUCCACGAUAUAGAGGGGGAUGUGGUCGUCGGUGGUGGUGGCGGGGGGCGGCGGGGAGGUGCCCAGCGCCCGCCACAAGCACGCGGUGUGCGCCCACGCCCCCAGCGUCUACCUGCUGGGCGGCCGCCACGGCAACCUUCCUCUCAAGGACUUCUGGAUCUAUGAUCUCGUGAGCCGGGUGUGGCGGGAAGUCCGGGAUGACACGGGGACGCGGCCGCCCUCCCUCCAGCAGCACUCCAUCGUCAGGGCGGGAGAUCGACUCGUGGUCUUCGGCGGGGAGCUGUGCAUGUCCAACGAGACUCCGCUCUGGAUCUACAUCCCCGAGACGAAGGUGUGGCGGAAGUGGCGGUGGGCGGGCGGUGGGCGUGGCGGGAGCGGCAGCCUGCGUGGGCGGGAAGCCUCGGCGGCGGGCCCGACGGGACGCCGCGCCCACACCGCCGUCAUGGUCGGGGACGCCAUGUUGGUCUACGGCGGCUACCAGGACCUGCGGGGCUCCUCCGCCGAGCUCUGGAGCUUCAAUACUAGGGACGAGUCGUGGACGCAGGUGUCAUCGAGGGGGGAACAGCCGGCCCCACGUCACGCCCACUCUGCCGUGAUGCACGACGACCAGAUGUGGGUGUACGGCGGCAUGACCGACCUACAGGAGAGGAAUGACUUCUGGCGCUACGACACAGUGAGUCUGACGUGGACGCAGGUGCGGGCGCGGCCACACCCGGGCUACCUGCACUCCCACGUCGCCGCCAAGCUCCACGCCUCCAUGGUCGUGUUCGGCGGCGAGCGUCAGGGCGAGAUGCUCAACGAUCUCUGGAGGUUUCACUUCGCCACGUGCACCUGGGAACGCCUCCUGUUCUCCGGCAUCAGGCCUCAGCCCAGGUCUCAGUUCUGCGCCUUCGUAGCCCCUUCACAUCACAUGAAGGGCCCUCGCUUCCAGGCCCCUUCCUCCCGCAUGGGCUCCUCCUCCGCCGCCAGCAGCAGCAGCGGCUACAGCAGUUCCCAGAGUCAUGACUCGUAUCGGACCAGGAGAAUUCAUCCCGAUGACUCUCUGACUCCCGGAGAUGGGCCGUCGACGAGCGAGGGUGUGGGGAGGCCCCUGGGCCCGGAUGAUGGGGGCCAGGUAGGGUGUGCUUGCCAAGAGUGUGUUGAAGCUGAUGAUGAUGAGGAUCUGGAUCCCAGUCGGCUACGUUCAAUAAUACAAAAAAACUGUUCAAAUGCUCCCGCUGCACAGUUAAAGUUGUCCAUUUCCAAGUUUUCACAGUUGAAUUUGUCGCACUUGGGUCGAUAUUACAGCUAUAGCAUGCUGAGUAACGACAGCACGGAGAGCAUAGUGGAGGAGUCGUUAGCCAGCACUUGUGACAGCUUAGGGAGCAAGAUUGUCAAGUCUCAGAGCAUUCAUGUGAUGAAUAAGGACAAAAUUGAGAAAAAAGAUGAAGAAAAAAAUGGCUUGACGAGAGAUAUUGUUUCAGUGCCAAAUUUCGUGGAUAUAAAGGACGGUGAGGAGGAAUCUGAGUCGCCCAAGAUGUUCAUCAGCCGUGUGAAGGUCAUCACAGUCUUGCCAGCCGAAGGGUCAACCGAGGCUAGCUUAGAGGAUGAUUCCAGUGACCUGGUGGCUGGGAUCAAGGGCCGCUUGGCUUUUAAUCACGACGACACCAUCCAGUCUGCUGACACAAGCAUCAGUGAGAACCUCAUGUCAUUUUCUUGCACCACUGACAGCAAUCUCAGUAGCAAUACCAACCUGUAUAGCACUAGCAACUACAACAUGAGCGGAGUCAGCAGUUUUGCCAACCCCAACUAUGUAGGAUUUGACCCUGGAAGAGAUACCGGAGGGCUCCUUAGUCAAGACUACUGGAGGACCGGAGCUCUCGACCUCGAGAGCAUCCGUCAUAAAGAGUUUGCAGAGAUACUGCGGACGCCACCUGACUCGGGUAUUGGACUCGGCGUUGAAAUGGAACGGCGAACUCCACUUGAUCUUCCUCUAACAACACUCGAAGAUUUUGUAACUUUUGACAACCAAACUGCCCACUUCAGCAAGACCCGCACAAAGGAACAACCAGCUGGGACCAAAGGAGCAUCCUCCUCACACAAACCAGCUUCCACCGCCAAAGUCACAUUUUCUUCUAGUCAACAAGUGCGAGGUACCGACGAGCCGUCUGGCCCAAGCUCACAAGGGAACACAGAGGGCACAAGAGAGCAGCCACCGCCUCGUGUUAAUCCUUUCCUGAAGGAGGAAACGACGUACAAGUCCCAAUCCCCGAAUGCCAUGUACGUAGUGGGCGGGAAAGAGCUGGAUCAGAUGACCACAUUUAAAAGACCAAUCUCAGUGUGGAAAUUGGACUUGCCUUUUUAGUCAUUUCAAUUCCCUCCUCGAACUCCAUUAGUUAAUAAAGGUGAUCAUGUAUUAUAGUGUUGCCUUCCAUCUAUUGUAGAGAUGCAUUUUGUACAAAGAAGAAGAGGAAUCACAUUUAUUUCCUGUUUGAGCUUUCACUGGAUAUAUUUUUCCCAUCUAGGCUCCCAGGUAGUGGGUGUACACACCACUCUACCAUCUUACGGAUGAUCCAAUCAUAUCUGUCCAAGCAUCCCGUCCUGUGCCCUCGUAAGGCCAGAGAGGCUUUCAUCCCUGGGGUUUCCUGUGUCAGUGGCAACAAUGUGCCGUAGAGGAGGACAUACUGAGGAACCCUAAACUGAUUCAUUAUUGACAAGUCCUGUACGACGUGUCAGGAGUGCUCAGCAGCAUUAGAUGCGUGUGAAAGUGUUUUCCUCCCUGUUAUAUUUUAAUAAUUGCGAGCCAAGUUACAAGUCGAAUUUCCGUGCUGAUUAGUUGGUUCACUUUAGGGCUCCAGAACAUAAACACUGUGUAGGAUACUUUUCUCGUACCCUAAGCUAAUUUUUUUUGGAGCAAAUCGAGUCUCAAAUAUUUUAGUAUUUCGAAACUGGUGUAGAGGACAUGAUUAUAUGUUUUAAUCCUUAAAUUUACAAGAAAGUUUCACUGAUAAUGUAUUUGUAUGAGAUGUGACUAUAUUUUCUCCAAUUCACUUCAGCAUGAAGAGAGCACUUGUGUCCAGUAAGUUAGCAGUACUAGUUAGACUUGAAGUGCCGGACCAAGUGGGUGUACCAGCAGUCUUUCAGAGUUAGAAAUCAAUUUUGUCUCACCAGUUCGAAACAUGAUGACGAAGGAGGCUAUUGAACGGACUAUGUUUCACACGGACUUAAGUGUAUCUAGUCUGAUGUUGUUCUCUGCAGGGAUUUGCAUAUACGGCCGUGAUCCAAAGAUUGUGGAUGCCUGAAUUUCUCAGCAAUACGCUUUUUUUUCUUGUGUUAGAUUACAUAAGACGAUACUUAAACUUGUUAAGUUUUAAGAGGUUGGGGAGUUCAAAACGUUGUUAAAACCCUCCUGAUGAUUUUUCCAUAGAAAUAAUUCCAAAUAAAUCAAUAUACAAUCACGUCAAAAGCUUUUAAAGGAAUUUGCACUUAAUAUACACGUUUAGUAAGAGUGUUCAGACCAAUGUCACCAAGAAAGUCUAUCAAGAACUCCAAUGACAUUUUAAUCUCAGUCGAGAUCGUUGACUGUAAUGGAUCAUUUGCAGCUCGAUAUCAUAGUUUAAGAUUUAAUUGUGAAUUUACAUCAUUACACACCAUUGAGUUGAAGACAGACUUGCGUUCCAGAGGUAGUCAGUUCCACUCCGGUGGAGGUUAAACUUCUCCUUGCAUGAAGAGGGAAUUUUGAUUUAGGAAAUAUUUUUGUAUUGCCAACAAACAUUCCGAUGCUUUGUGAAGCAGCUAGUCAUAUUUAAUUCUGUUAUUUAUGUGCUAUAUUAAAGUAUAAUUAUUCAUUGAAUAUACAUAGCAUUUAUGUUGUAGAGGGUGUAGAAUCUUCCUGUAUAUCCAACCCUGUUUGUCUUGAAAUUUUCUUAGAGCCACAGUACAAACAUUGUGAAAGAAAU